AUUCUAAACGAUGCUAAUUUAAUGUCAACGUUACAUUCGUACAAAUCACGUGAUCCGCAGUUUUUCUAUGAAUUUAUAACAACUAAACUGCAAAUACAAAUAAAGGAAAGCAACUUAAUAAAAAUGAAUGUGGGACAUUAUCAAAACUCAUUUGAAAUCUUAUGUAAAAUUGGAUCAGGAGGUUUUGGCGAUGUGUUCAAGGUGAAAAAUAAAUCAAGCAAUGAAGUAUACGCUGUUAAAGUAAUUGAUUUCAUAGCGAAAGAAUUGACGGAUAAACAUAAAAGAGAUGUCUAUAAAGAAGUGGAAUAUUUAAAGAGAAUUGACAACAAAUAUAUCGUCCACUGUAUGGACGCCUGGAGGGAAAUGGAUGUCGUUUAUAUUCAGCUGGAAAUCUGUUCACAAAAUUUAACGAAUAUUCUGGAAAUCAAACCACAAGUAUUUCAAAGGGAACCAAAGUUUCCGAUGAAUUCAUACGAAUAUAUCAUUUCGUGUGAAAUAUUUAGAGAAGUUUUAGAAUGCGUUCAAUAUUUGCACGGAUUGUCAUUCAUUCACAGAGACUUCAAACCCGACAAUAUAUUAAUUUCUGAUAAUUCACUAAAAGGACGAUUCGUAAAGUUAUGUGAUUUCGGUUUAGUUACAAAACACGAUAAUAUUAUUCACAAUAAAACAGUCAAUAAACACACAGCAGAGGUGGGAACCGAUCGAUAUAUAGCGCCAGAAGUUAUAUUCGGUGCAAAAUAUAACCACAAAUGCGAUAUUCAUAGCCUGGCAGUUAUUGGUGGCGAUAUAUUCGAAACUAACGUGCUUACUGAUUUAGACAAUAAACAACCAUAUUCAUUGGCAAACAGCCAAUUGAAUGGACCGGUAGCCCAUUUGAAGCAAGUUUUGGAUCAAAUGCUGGUCAGGCGUUGGAAUGAAAGGCCGGAAUGUAGUGAAGUGUUGGCUAAAUAUAACGAGUGGUCUAUCGAUAAGAAUAUUCUCGCAAAUGAUGCAGAAUUUGAGUCAACACUAGAGGGAGUUCAUGCGAUUGAGACACAGAUAAGGGAAAGGGAUGAGAUCGCCCUGUCUGUGGGUACCUGGAUACUACCAGUCCAGACUGACUUCAGAGCAAACCAUAUCAUCCAUUCGUACGCAGAUUAUGCUAAUUAUGGUAAUCAUAAUAGUAUUCAUAAUAAUAGCACCAGGGCCAAUUAUGGUAUAAAUGACAGGAGUAAUAUUAACUCCAAAUAUGAUAUCAAAGCAAAAUCCAAGAAUUUCAUGGGAAGGUCGGCGAUACUUAUCACGAAAUACAUGAGCGGCCGUACGGUUGUCAACACAGCCGUCGAACGGCUCAAAGAGACCAAAAUCCCGGCCUUUACUUUCUGUUACCCGACGUUCCUAUCGAUGGAGAAGUUCGUCAAAAAGUAUCCCAAUUUCAGCGACGAUUACAGAGACUAUCAAAUGAAUUAUACCGGUGGUUAUUGGAGAAUCAACAACCAGCUACUGAUAUAUUGA